AAGUUCAAUGGAGACAUUUAAUUCACUUUACCAUUGAUCAUCUCUACUCAACAUUAUUAGAGUUUCAAUCUUAAACAAAAUCAAAAUGAUCCGAAACAUCAUCGCCUUAACUUUGUUCAUCGCUUAUGUUCAAGCAAGAAAUACCACCUUUACAAACUGCUCGGAAAAGGGUGUUAUCAAAUUCGUCAAUGUCGAGCCUUGUGAUUCAGACCCAUGCACCUUCACAUCAGGACAAGAAGUGCACCUUAAUGGUGUAUUAGUUAGUCCUGCAGCCUCAAAUAGUCCCCAGUUGAAAGUUACAGUUAAAGUAGCUGGCAUUUAUUUCAACUAUCCCGGUGUUUCGUCGGAUGCAUGCGACUACCUCAGUUGUCCACUUGAGGCCGAUGUUGAUACUCCAUUUGCCCUUAGUUUAAAAGUACUUUCUUUGCCUCUUCCACUUGAAACACAAAUCCGAUUCCAACUUCUUGACUCUGAUGGAUCAGAACUCAACUGUGGUGAAACUACUGUUAGAGUAGAGUAGUUACUGAAAUGUAACUUCAAUCGAGAAUUCUGUGAAUUCGUCUUUUCAUUAUGUUAUCUUAAUAAAUAAAUUUGUUAAUUAUUGGCUGCAA